AUGAAUCCACUUUCACUCUAUAUUCUCACCUUCAAUUGUGCUCGCAAUCUAGUCGACGUCAAUCGCUUUGCGAACCAUUUCUUUGACGCUCGACCCCGCAAUGAUCCGUCCCCGCCCGAUCUGAUCGUCUUGUCCGUUCAGGAGCUUGCUCCUAUUGCGUAUGCGUUUCUGGGAGGGUCGUAUCUCGACCCCUACUUUUCUUCCCUGAAGGACGUGGUCAAUCAGGCGGUCGCCCAGCGGUGGGACAUUGAUUAUGUCAAUUUAGUUACUGACAACAGUGGCAUGACGGGCCUAAUGGUCUUUGCCAGGUCGGACGUUGCAGAACGGGUAUCAUCGGUCGAUACCGCCCGCAUCGGCUUUGGGUUUCAGGAGAUGGGCAACAAGGGUGCAGUGGGGGCGCGGCUGGCUUAUGCUACCGAAGAAACCCCCGACGGGAGUAUAGAUUUGACCUUUGUGGCCGCCCACCUGGCUCCGAUGGAAUCUGCGGUUGAGCAGCGAAACCAUGACUGGCGCAGCGUAGUCGAGCGACUGGUCUUUGAAAGGCCUGUUGCCACCGCUCGAGGGAGUCUCGAGCCAGAUGACCCAGAAACCUCGGGCUUGCUACACGGGUCGACGUCGAAUGGCGGUGACGACCGCCGAGGUAUCUUCUUCUCCAAUAGCUAUCUUUUCAUUGCCGGCGAUCUGAAUUACCGCACAUCGAACGUGUCACCCGGGCAAGAAGACCUUGCCCGUUUCCCACGCCUGAAUGCGGAUCCCGCCGACCCCCGUCAUUACUCGCAGCUCCUGACAGACGACCAACUCACCCGCGAGAUGCGACAGUCGCGGAGUUUUCAUGGCCUGACGGAGGCACCCAUUGGCUUCCCGCCAACCUACAAGUAUACCUUGGCGGCGCAGAAGGCUGCGGCACAGGCACCCGUUGGCCCAGCUGGUGCGACCUACGAUUCUUUACCGCUGUUUCCAACCUCUGAUCAUCGCGCUGUCGCGCUGUCGGUAGCCGUGCCAAUCGUGGCGAGCCGACCGGUCGAUGCGACACAUGUGUCCGCCCCGUUCCCAAUUGACCCGGACUGGCAGCGUAAACGGGACAUGGCGCGCCAGAGGGAGAUCGUGCCGUUGGGCUGCUGGGUGCAUGGUUCGUGCUUCGAUCGCUGUGGAACGCUUAGCGAGGCCCUGCAGAGGAUCCGAUCUCGGAUGGAAACGGCCGUCCCAUAG